AUGAACAGAUCGGUAAUAUGGCGCAGCGCGCCUGCUUUACCCCUAUCUCGGCAACUGUAUGGCGCGCAAUGCCAUCGAAGCUUCGCUUGCAGCACUUACCUUGCACAGACUCCAAAGUAUCCCAUCGUCCUCGCCCACGGCCUCUUUGGCUUCGCUGAACUCCGUCUCUCUCCAUACUUUCCAGCUGUCGAAUACUGGCAUGGCAUUCGCGAUGCCCUCACUGCGCAAGGCGCCACCGUCCUGACGCCUAGUGUGCCUCCAUCAUCCUCUAUUGCCGAUCGCGCUACUGCUCUCCGCUCCGCCCUUGAAGCCCACGCUCCAAUGCCCGAAGCCGUCACAAUUGUCGCACACAGCAUGGGUGGUCUUGAUGCCCGAUAUAUGCUUUCGCACCUCGCUCCGCUCCCAGUCCGCGUUGCGGCUGUGGUUACCGUUGCAACGCCGCACCGAGGAAGCGCAUUUGCAGACUACCUCCUUGAUGAAGAAGUCUCACCACUGCACCAUUACUUGCCUCAACUUUAUCAGACAUUGGAAAAAGCUGGUCUCGGUACAGCAGCGUUCUCGCAGUUGACGAGACGCUACAUGGCUGAAGAGUUCAAUCCGAGCACGCCGGAUCAACCAGACGUGCGGUACUUUUCGUACGGAGCGGCAGUGGAGCGGCCGGCGCUGCUGAGUCCAUUUCGGCACCCGCACGCCGUCAUGACACAGGCCGAGGGACCCAACGAUGGACUUGUCAGUGUGGAGAGCAGUCACUGGGGCACAUACAAAGGCACGCUCCUUGGAGUAAGCCACUUGGAUCUGAUAAACUGGUCCAAUCGUGUGGGCUGGACAGUCCGGGAGUGGGUGGGGAUCAAGAAGAAUUUCAAUGCUAUUGCGUUCUAUCUUGACAUAGCAGACAUGCUAGCUAAAGAAGGUUAUUGA